AUGGACGACGCUACUUUCACCACGCCCAAGCGCAAGCGUACAGAUGCCGCCAGCGAUGAAUCCCCUUCCCAUCUAAACCUCCACUUCUCAUUUGAGGUGUCUCAGGGCCUGCUCUCGGAUGGCGGCGACAGUCCGCGGACCAAAGUCGCCCACAGGUUCCGGGGCUUGGCAUUGGCCGAUAGUGGGGGCGGGGCUGCAGCGGCAGAUGGCCGAGUCCACGACACCAACACCGAUACCGACCCCGGUCGCGACACCACAGAUGGGGAUUCUGACAGGAUGGUAGUCGAUGAAGACGAGUCAAAGAUGCGCAAAAGAUCAAAACUCACUCCACCAGCAGUACCGUCCGAUGGCUCACCCCAGCUACAGCACCAGGUCCAGCCACCAAUCCAGCACCACCCGACGGCGAAAAGAGUCGAGAUCCCAGAGACCCCAGCUGCACAAAGCAACGCUGCCUUCAGCCGACCUGCAGCCGACACUGUAGCCCUCACAGCUAGACCUGCCAAGGUCUCUCCGAGCAAGCCGUCAAAGCAACAUUCCGCCGUCAACAACCGCCCUCUCGACAGUCUAAAGUCCAGAGGUCGCAAGCGAGCAGGUACGCCGCCACUUGUCGCAACCACCACCAAACCUGCCAACGCAGACCAGCCUGGCAUUCCAAUUGAUGAGGUGAUUGACCCGGUUCGGGCGGCACUCACCUGGCACGAGGACGAAAUCACUGUUUACGAUCCCGAGGACGAGGACGACGAUGGUGUGGGUAUCAAUGGCAUCGGGUUUAAGCCAACCCCUGCCAUCGCCUAUGCUCGCACCAUGAAGAGGAAGCAGCAGCUUGCCGAGUACAAAAAAAGAGAAGAGAGGGAGGCCAGGGCACGACGGAGUUCCAGACGCCGCGGCAGCCCGGAGAGAGCCCCGAAACUGCAGCGCAAGGAGAGUGCAAGAACAGAAAGUGCCAGAAAGGUUCGCUUCACGGAGGGCGAAUCGACCACAAUGAUCACUAUUUGA